AUCAACCCGUCAACCCUAAUUUGGCGCUAGUGUUUUGUCGCCAGAAUUCCGUGGAAGUCGAUAGCGCCUGGUUUCUUUUAAAUAUUUCAAUGUGUUUGUUAGUGAAGCCAUGUCGUCGUCAAGAGCAUGGUAUAGCUGGUCAGAUACGUACAUUCCCUCCUUUCUUUCUGGCACAUUCUGCAGUCGAUUAAAAUAUGCUGAACGGUAAUUGGUUCUCCCCAGGUACGGCAUGGAUCCUCGUCGGUUCUUGUCAUCAGGUGUCCAUGUGUCAGAGUACAAUGGCCAAUACGGAGACGGGUGAUAACUCUGUUGUCAUUCCGGUUUUGAAAUCGGUUAAUGGGAUUUGAGUAUCUUCAGCAGCGUUUAAACCAAUGUUCCGAAAAUCAAUCAUUUUCUAUCAGCCAUGCUUUACUGCAUUCAGAGCCAAAAAAUCGAAGCAGUCAAUUUUUCCUCUCCAACCAUGCAAAUCAUAUAAACAAUCAUGCAUGCAUGACAACGACGCUGCUGUAUUUGAUACAUUCCAGCAAAGCAUGAUGCGGUAAAGAAGGACGCAGAUUAUCAGCAACGAACGUCUCGAUGGUGAUUGCCUUCCUUGAUGAUUUUUAACCUUCUAUGAUCACAACUGAUAUGUAUCAGUUCUGAGAGAUGUGUAAAGGUUACAAUAUGAUUUUUAGUUUUCCGCUUUGCGUAGAAAAACAAAAUUAUUACUAAGUAACCGCAAUGAACUGUCCAGCAUGUGCUACGGCUUUUUUGAACAUGUGGUCCUGGAAUUUCUUCAGAUUUUUCCUUCUGAAACAUUCAUGAUCCUCUAUCAAUAACGAACAUUAUCAACAAUGAUGCGAGGAUAGACGUUCGGGAAUGAUUGAGGGAGCGACGUUCAAAAUGUAUCACCAAGUAUGUCGAUCACCGUCGAUUAGCCACGUGACAAAUAGCAACGGUAGCCUCCGAUGGGGCAUGGUAUAUUUUCUUGUAUCAAGUUAGUGUUGAUUUUCGACAUAUAUUAAAUGGGUACUUUUACCACGUGCGUAUCACAGCACUCGGAGAUAUCAGCGAUUUUCCGAACAUAGGUUUAAACAGGAUGCUGCGUCUGCGAAAAAGGUAAACUUUAUCUUUUUGCUAGGUGAUUGAAAAAAUGUAAAAUUUACCUUUAAAAAGUGGUAGAAAAAAAUCACUUCGCUUCUCGGUAAAUUUUAACUUUUUUUUUGUUUUCCGUGUCUAGACAAUUUCUAUAGAGAAGGUACAAUCGGGCUAAGCAGAUAGAUUUUUUUCUACAGGGCAUUUUUCGACAAAUUUUGUUGGUGCGCAAUACCGACGUCAGGUGGCUAUAUUAGCCAGAAAAUGAUCGGAUUUUGGUUCUAAGUGCCAUGUCAGCGUAAUUAGUGGUUAAAGUUCCUCAUAUCGGAAAAAGGAUAAAAAUCAGUUCGAUUUUCAUCCGUUCAUCAGCACUCCUGAUUCAGGAGGGUCGGUGCGAAAUCGGAUACUGUUUUGGUGCGAAAUCGCGCGAAAAUGAAACACUUUUUCGAACGAUGCAAUGGAACAAUCGCUACCGAUCUGGGUUAGCUCCUCGUGUGAGUUCCAUGCAUAACCGCGGUGUAGAGUCUGCAGAGUGCAGUCAGAGAGCGCUAUGCUAUGCUAUGCUGCUAUGAACGAACUAUGUAUGCUGCGGGGUUGUUUGAAAGUGAAAUUCCAAUUCACCCCUCAAUAGAAACAAACAUACACAGCACCCAACCAACAACGCGACGAUCUUAUUUGGGUGGUGGUGUUGGCUGUGCAAUAACAUCACACACAGCAGUCUCUCAUCGCGACCCCACAAGAGUGGUUGGUAAGCCUCCUUCUGCAUGGAUACCCGUAGACUCAAACGAAGAAGAUCGAUCCCCGCAUGAUUGCUCGAUCAUCUCAGUAGAGAGAGAAGAGUGCGUGGGGUGCAAGAAGCCAGGUAUAGUCGAAAUAAUGCUUGCAGCAAGCAUCUUCCUGGAUGUUCACGACUGCAACUUGAAAAGGAAUAACUAACCCAAGAGUGUAAAAACAAAACAAUAUAGCCUUCAACUACCAAAAGGAUCGAUCAAUUGCUUGUUGCCAGUUGAUUGAAAAGAGAACCGAAACUAAUCGAAUAAUGAGCCUCAAAACGCGUGGAAUCGUGUUUGCAACUUUUUUCGGGAGCUGUCUGGUCGUGGGACUUCUGGUGGCCGCCCUCACCACCGAUAACUGGGUCGAGUCCGGUGCCAAGCGAAUCAACUCGACCGAAGCUCAGGGACGGAUCCAUUUCGGGCUGUUUUCCGGCCAGAAGCAUCUGAACGUGGCCUACGGCUGGCGGCAGCACGAAGUCAAUGUUCUAGCUAUCAUCCGCGAUGAACCGGACGUCAUAAGCUACUGGCUUUGGCUCGGAACCGCCAUCGGGACAGGCCUGGGAGCUCUGUCGGGAGCCGUUAGUGCCGUUGCCUCGGUUCUCAAAUCUUCAUCAGCAUCGAAGAAAACGGGAACCAUGGUUGUGCUUUUUGUAAGCAAUUUUAUCUCGGGCUUGUCACAGACUCUGUCCUUCGUUUGCUGGCUUCUGCAGUUCAUUCAGUAUCUGAAACACAACGUACUGGUAGCGGAAGACAGACAACUUCACUGGUACAGCACCGGAUUGGCUUCGCUCGGCACAAGCUUUUACUUUGUUGUGGCCGGAUUGAUCGUGGUUAUCGUUAACAUUAUUCUUCUCAUUGUGGCUACAACGAUGGAAAAACGAGAACGCUCUCGAAUGUUGGACCCCCCGACUGAUGAAAAAAUGCAAGGAGCAAUCAUGCUUUACUGAGCUGAAUCUCAAAAAUCUACUCUCUCUGGCCUAUGCUGUUGUAAGUGGCCAUAUAUUUGCUAAUAGGUACUUAUGUUAAGGCUGCGCUCUAGAAAUGUUGAUGAAGACGCAUUAUCUUUCAAAAGAAAAAUUGCUUUAAUUCAUGAAGCUACUGAACAAAAAUCAGUGAUUCGAGUACCUUCAACGAGUGAACAAGUAUCUGAAUCACGUCAAAGAUAAAUUCUAUCGGUUGAGAUAGGCUGGCUACACCUCGAUGAACAUACUCCAGUUUACAUAAAUAUUUUGUAUCAACUUACUUACAACUCUUAUGUAACAAAAGAAACAAAGCUUAGCCAUACGUUGCAACUAAAGAUUCUGAAGAAGUAUUUUAAAGUAUGUGAAGUUAGUUUUAACGUAUGCUUGAUUCCAUCCAGCUGAGUAGGGAUCUAUAAAUAAUGCAAAACUGAAUUUUGCCUCGUUCUCCUCUGUCUGAAGAACCCUUUUUUUUAUCUGAAUUGAAUAAAACUAAUUUUAUGCCAAUA